CCGGAAACUCAAAAAAUAUGUACAGCAUUGUUAGUGGUGAUGAAUCGUGGAUUUACUGUUACGAACCAGAAGAUAAACGAUAGUCGGCUUUUUGGGUGUUCCAAGGUGAAGAAAAGCCAACAAAAGUCAUCUGUUCUCGAAGUGUUGCGAUAUUUGUGUCAAAAGCGGGUCAUAUUGCAAUAAUUCCUUUUAAUGAGCAAAGAGCUGUUACUCCGGAUUGGUAUACCACCAUCUGUUUGCCAACUGUCAUCACCGAGCUUCGAAAAAUCAACUCCAAAAGAAGAAUCAUCCUCCACCAAGACAAUGCAAGCUCGCACACAGCCCAAAAAACAAGUAUUUAAUGGAAGAAAACGUGGAAUUAUUGGACCAUCCUCCAUAUAGUCCCGAUCUAAGUCUUAACGAUUUCUUUACUCUUCCGAAAAUUAAAAACGGACUGCGUGGUCAAAGUAUUAACCAAGUUUUGGCAAAAAUUUGGUGUAAAACAAUCCCAUAUUUCUUGGAGCUUUUGUCCCAGUUCGGUGAUUGUACGAGCAGGAUGUUGUCAAGAAGCAGUUGA